UACCCGGAGCGCUAGUUGUUUUGUUUUGAUAAAAUAUUUACGUGUUCAUUCAUAUGCUCAGAAAUUAUUAAAGUUUUUUCUAAUAAUGGCUGGAGAUAAAUAUUCAAUUCUCCUGCCCACGUACAAUGAGAAAGACAAUCUGCCCAUAAUCAUUUGGCUCAUUGUGAAACACAUGAGUUUAAGUGGUUUUGACUACGAGAUAAUUGUAAUUGAUGACGGAAGUCCUGACGGAACUCUUGAAAUUGCCAAGGAUCUGCAAAAGGUCUACGGGGACAAGAAAAUAGUGCUGCGUCCACGAGAGAAAAAGCUGGGCUUGGGAACUGCAUAUAUUCAUGGGAUUAAACACGCAACUGGAAAUUUUGUAUUGAUCCUUGAUGCUGAUUUAAGUCAUCAUCCCAAGUACAUUCCCCAAUUCAUUGAGCUACAAAAACGUGAGAAUCUGGAUAUUGUGUCCGGGACGAGAUAUCGAGGAGACGGAGGUGUCUAUGGAUGGGAUUUCAAGAGGAAGUUGAUUUCUCGAGGAGCAAACUAUCUCUCGCAGAUUCUUCUGCGUCCCGGAGCCUCUGAUCUUACAGGUUCCUUCCGACUCUACCGAAAGGAUGUGCUGGCAAAGUUAAUCUCACAAUGUGUCUCCAAAGGCUACGUCUUCCAGAUGGAGAUGCUCGUCCGGGCACGUCAGAACAACUACACAAUUGGAGAAGUGCCCAUCACGUUCGUGGAUCGAGUAUACGGACAAUCUAAACUAGGUGGAACGGAGAUCUUUCAGUUUGCCAAGAAUCUCCUCUAUCUCUUUGCCACAACGUAAAAAUGUAGCUUAUUUGAGAACAAUAAAAGGCAUUGGAACUUCCUUCUAA